UUAAACCAUUUCCAUUUGCAAUAGCAGUCGAUACCUGUCCAGCAUUCAGUCCAAGUUUUCAUCCCGUUGCCACUCGCCACUUAAAAAUGAUCAAGUCUAUUCUGUUGACGGUCUUUGCUUCAUUAGUAGUUGCUGUCUUGUCGUCGCCCGAGCCUGCCGAGUUAAAGCCAGUUAAUGGUCCUCAACCCAAGUACGAGAAAAUUGAAAUUCCUCACUGUGCUAAAAACACAACAAAGGCCUGGUGUCUCGAAGACUCUGAAUAUCCUCAAUACGAGAUCCAACAAGCCCUGGAACGUCACUACCAAGCUGGCGUCUUAGACUUGUACAAGGACGUGCUGGCCAAGACUUCCAGUUCAGUUGAUGGAAUCGAUAAGUUAAACGAUGAAGUUUACCUAUGCCCGAGUUCCACCGGUUACGUCCAACCUCUUCGAGCCAUCAACGUGGAAGGCAAAUGGCGAACGAUCGUCAAUCGGGUCGAAUCUUACGGCGUUAAAUACACGCAAACUGCUCGUGUAGAAGAGUGUAAUGUUGUAGUUGGCACCAGUUGCUCUUUGGUGCCUUCUUGUUACCCAUCGAAAUGCGUUCAGAAGGCUGUGUUCAAUCGUUUUUUAGUUUACGAUGCCAAUGAGUACACUUUCCCAUUCUCUAUUGAGAAAUUUAGACUGCCCGGUUCGUGCAGCUGCGUUGUUGGUGCUUUCCACCUUUAAAAUUCAUCUGUAAUCUUUAACUAAACUUUUUGGUGAGAAGAAGCACAUCCCUUCUAUACCAGAGUUAACGUAGUGCGAAUACAUAAUAACUUUCUCCUGUUCUAUUUUAUUCUUACUUGAAUGC